AUGGGAGACUCUCUUGAACUGAUUGGGAAGCGAAUUCUACUGCUCCUCAACGAUGGCAGGUCUGCAGCCGGACCCGAAGCGGAACAGGCCACCUGGACUCGUGACUGGCUCCGGGGGACCGUCCGGGCGGUCAGCGUCAUAGGUUUGGCCAGCCCAGGGGUAGAGGUGAGCGGAGGAGAGGCGACAACAACAACAGCAGCUGCGGGGCUGACGGUCAGUGUUUACAUGUGAAUAAAAACAACUAACGUUAGCUAGCUAAGAAGCUAAUCGCCUGACUAACUAGCUAGCUACGUAUUUAUCGAAACUGAAAAGUCAAAGGAUACAAAUAAUUAAUGGCCCGUUGUUUAUGCUUAACUGAUAUUAUCUAAAUAACACAUUAUGAAUAGCGAAAGCUAGCCAAUGAGGCCGCUGUGUUGCGCUUUCCAGAUAACAGCUGUCCUCAUAAUUUAGCCCGAGGAUUUUGGGCCUUCGACAGAUUUUGUUAACUAGUUAGCUAGCUAGCCAACUUUAGCGUAGUCUCCAGAAUUAAAUUAAUGUGAAAUAGAUAUAGCCUCAUUAAAAUGUGAACGUCAGUGUAGAAGAUUUGCUUGCCUCAAAUAACUGAACGUAGAUAUUGUUUGGCGAUACAGUUAGGCCUACAUAGUUAGGUGUAAUUUGUUGACGCGUGUAUUAUCUUCAACGUCAUGGUAUCAAGUGCAUAUUUUUCAUUCUUCAGUCAUUUUUCCUACAUGCAUGACCCCUUAUUAUGUGUUCAUAUCAUUUCAUUGAUUAAUGUGGAGGUUGUAGCUAGAAGAUGCUGCAGUUGAGAAUAUAAAUACGUCUGAAAAUGCUGUCUGACUUGAUGAUACAGCAUAUGAUUACAAGGCAGGCCAACAUCCAGAACUAGAAUUACAGGAUAAAUAAUGUCAGGUGUCUUGUUUGUACCAAAGCAAUUGCCAAAUCCAGAUUUUAGAAAGGGACAGGUGUUGGCUGGAGUAGCUUAUCCAGAUUAGUCAGCUUUCAAGGAAGUCUCCAGGACCAUUCUUGGGAAAUAAUCAUUUUAACUAGUGCAGAUAGUAACUACAGACACCACUCAGUGCUCUCCGCUCCUGUUCUUGUUUCUGUUGGGAGGGGAUAUGUUACUGUCUGUAAAUAUGUCUGUAUGUUUUUGAGUUUGCAUGGACUGUGUUGAUCAUCAUAAUGUCUAUAUGCAAUGUCUUCUGUGCAGGUUAUCAGGUCUUGGUAGGAGGGCAUUCUUCAAAUCACAGCACUUGUUCCACGUCUCACAGAACCACACAGUUCAAAUUCACAAGGCUGUACAAGUUGGGCUUGUAUGCAGAGUGAGUCAGCAAGUUUCACAUUUAAAAUGGACUUCUGCUGACAAAUAUAUCUUGCCCCUGCCUUGAGACCUAGAGUAGAGCAUUAGCCCAUAUAAAUACAAUCCAUUGUCACACUGAGUAGGUUUACAUGCAUACUAAUAAUUCAAUAUUAAACUGAUUAUGGCUGGAGGCCGAGUAUGGCAUUAGUCAUGUAAACACCUUGCUCUACUUAUCUUAAUCGGUGUACUAAGGUAAUAAUCGAAGUAAGCAUACACUGAUUAAAACACCUGCUGUUCUCCGCAAUCUUUAGAAUUAUUAGGGCAUGUAAAUGCCUUAAUCAGAGUUACAGUGGUGUAUUUGAUCUGCACAUGUGCUAGCACGAGCAGCGCGAGCUUCCUUCUUUUGCAGUUCGGAUAAACUCAAAGUAUUUAAUUUAGAAAUAGUUUGUUUUUGAACUCAGAAUCGAAUAGGUUUCACAAAAAUAACAUGGUCUGUGGUAGAACGUUUAUUUGGAUGGCGAUUGUCUGCAUUUAUCAAAGUCCCAUCAAGUAGCCUGAUAACCUCUCCCUCAAUGUCAACAAAACGAAGGAGCUUAUUGUGGACAACAGGAGACGGAGGGAGCACGCCCCCAUCCUCAUCGACCAUGGUCGCAGUGGAUAGGGUCAAAAGCUUCAAGUUACUCAGCAUGCACAUCACUCAGGACAUGAAAUGGUCUCGCCACACCAACAUCGUGGUGAAGAAUGUGCAACAGAGCCUCUACAACCUCAAAUGGCUGAAGAAAUUUGGCAUGCUUCCCAUCCAGAACAGUUUGUGCAUAUAUUAUGCAGACAUUUUGUGACAUUUUUGGUCUUAGGCCCGCUUGGAGUUUGCCAAAAGGCAACUAAACGACAAGAUUCUCUGGUCUGUUGAAACCUACACUGCUCAAAAAAAUAAAGGGAACACUUAAACAACACAUCCUAGAUCUGAAUGAAUGAAAUAAUCUUGUUAAAUACUUUUUUCUUUACAUAGUUGAAUGUGCUGACAACAAAAUCACACACAAAUUAUCAAUGGAAAUCAAAUGUAUCAACCCAUGGAGGUCUGGAUUUGGAGCCACCCUCAAAAUUAAAGUGGAAAACCACACUACAGGCUGAUCCAACUUUGAUGUAAUGUCCUUAAAACAAGUCAAAAUGAGGCUCAGUAGUGUGUGUGGCCUCCACAUGCCUGUAUGACCUCCCUACAACGCCUGGGCAUGCUCCUGAUGAGAUGGCGGAUGGUCUCCUGAGGGAUCUCCUCCCAGACCUGGACUAAAGCAUCCGCCAACUCCUGGACAGUCUGUGGUGCAACGUGGCGUUGGUGGAUGGAGCGAGACAUGAUGUGCUCAAUUGGAUUCAGGUCUGGGGAACGGGCGGGCCAGUCCAUAGCAUCAAUGCCUUCCUCUUGCAGGAACUGCUGACACACUCCAGCCACAUGAGGUCUAGCAUUGUCUUGCAUUAGGAGGAACCCAGGGUCAACCGCACCAGCAUAUGGUCUCACAAGGGGUCUGAGGAUCUCAUCUCGGUACCUAAUGGCAGUCAGGCUACCUCUGGUGAGCACAUGGAGGGCUGUGCGGCCCCCCCAAAGAAAUGCCACCCCACACCAUGACUGACCCACCGCCAAACCGGUCAUGCUGGAGGAUGUUGCAGGCAGCAGAACGUUCUCCACGGCGUCUCCAGACUCUGUCACAUCUGUCACAUGUGCUCAGUGUGAACCUACUUUCAUCUGUGAAGAGCACAGGGCGCCAGUGGCGAAUUUGCCAAUCUUGGUGUUCUCUGGCAAAUGCCAAACGUCCUGCACGGUGUUGGGCUGUAAGCACAACCCCCACCUGUGGACGUCGGGCCCUCAUACGACCCUCAUGGAGUCUGUUUCUGACCGUUUGAGCAGACACAUGCACAUUUGUGGCCUGCUGGAGGUCAUUUUGCAGGGCUCUGGCAGUGCUCCUCCUUGCACAAAGGCGGAGGUAGCGGUCCUGCUGCUGGGUUGUUGCCCACCUACGGCCUCCUCCACGUCUCCUGAUGUACUGGCCUGUCUCCUGGUAGCGCCUCCAUGCUCUGGACUCUACGCUGACAGACACAGCAAACCUUCUUGCCACAGCUCGCAUUGAUGUGCCAUCCUGGAUGAGCUGCACUACCUGAGCCACUUGUGUGGGUUGUAGACUCCGUCUCAUGCUACCACUAGAGUGAAAGCACCGCCAGCAUUCAAAAGGGACCAAAACAUCAGCCAGGAAGCAUAGGAACGGAGAAGUGGUCUGUGGCCACCACCUGCAGAACCUCUUCUUUAUUGGGGGUGUCUUGCUAAUUGCCUAUAAUUUCCACCUGUUGUCUAUUCCAUUUGCACAACAGCAUGUGAAAUUUAUUGUCAAUCAGUGUUGCUUCCUAAGUGGACAGUUUGAUUUCACAGAAGUGUGAUUGACUUGGAGUUACAUUGUGUUGUUUAAGUGUUCCCUUUAUUUUUUUGAGCAGUGUAGAUUGAACUGUUUGGCCUGAAUGCCAAGCGUCACGUCGGGAGGAAACCUGGCACCAUCCCUACUGUGAAGCAUGGUGGUUGCAGCAUCAUGCUGUGGGGAUGUUUUUCAGCGGCAGGGACUGGGAGACUUGUCAGGAUCGAGAGUAAGAUGAACGGAGCAAAGUACAGAGAUCCUUGAUGAAAACCUGCUCCAGAGUGCUCAGGACCUUAGACUGGGGCGAAGGUUCACCUUCUAACAGGACAACGACCCUAAGCACACAGCCAAGACAAUGAAGGAGUGGCUUCGGGACAAGUCUCUGAACGUCCUUAAGUGGCCCAGCCAAAGCCUGGACGUGAACCCGAUUGAACAUCUCUGGAGAGACCUGAAAAUAGCUGUGCAGCAGCGCUCCCCAUCCAACCUGACAGAGCUUGAGAGGAUCUGCAGAGAAGAAUGGGAGGAACUCCCCAAAUACAGGUGUGCCAAGCUUGUAUCGUCAUACCCAAGAAGACUCAAGGCUGUAAUCGCUGCCAAAGGUGCUUCAAAGUACAAGGUCUGAAUACUUAUAUAAAUGUGAUAUUUCAUUUUUAAAAAAUAUAUAUAUACACAUUUGCAAACAUUUCUACACCCAUUUUUUUGCUUUUGUCAUUGGGGUAUUGUGUGUAGAUUGAUGAAAAAACAAUUCCAUCCAUUUUAGAAUAAGGCUGGACACGUAACAAUGUGGAAAAAGUCAAGGGGUCUGAAUACUUUCCAAAGGCACUGUGAUAAACCCCUGUUUUUGCUUUGUCAUUAUUGCGUUUUUAUACUGCUACAGUGCUAUUUGGGUUGUUAAUUGGAUUCCUGCCACCAUUCUUGAUUACUUGCUUUUUUUUCUUCUUUUCUUUACAAUUUAAUUGUUUGACUUUUGACUGCAUUGUUAGGAGCUAGUAACAUAGGCAUUUCGCUGCACAGCUAUACACGACCAAUACACUUUGAUUUGAUUUCAGAUGUGUCCAUGUAAACAGGAUUAUUAGGGGAGAUUGUUCUUCUUGCAAAGCAUGUAAACGUUGGACUAUUCACAAUAAUCGCAUUGUGUGCAUUUAACCAUACUCACUGUAAUCCUCUCUUAUCAAUAAUGUUGCACUAGGCUACUUAUUGACGAUGAGGGUCAAAUGAGAAAGUGAGACUGGGUUUGAAUUGACUUGCCUAUUUCUAAUGAUUGACUGCUCUUCCUGAGUGAGAUGACCUUGCCCAGACUUGGGGGAGUAGACAUGCUGUGUUUGAGUCACUAGUGCUGCCCGGGCUCUGCUGACUGUGUAUGAUCCUACCAAGGCCUGUCCUGCUGACUGUCUGUAGCCUGUCCGUGGCUUCUCUUCUCCCAUCAGCCCAUUGUUGUCAGUGUUUGUCUUACCUCUGCUCUUUUGAAAAUAUACUCCUAACAUGUCACCGAGCCUGUUAGUAUAGCUAGUCUAACAGAAAUGGCAGCACUCUCCCACCAUCUUUCCCCUCCAUUCUCUUCCCCCGUCGUUUAGGUGUUUGUGGAGUUUGAGGACUGUGCAUGGCGCAGGCGGUCCUGGGUACAGGUUUACGGGGAGGAGGUGAGAGCUGUACUGGUCGAGUCCUCCAUCGUCUGGGCUAACCGCAGCAGCAACCCCAACCAGAACCACCCUGCAGCUGGGGGAGCCACUGGUACAGCCUGGCCUGCCCUGGUGAGUAGCCACCCCCUCUGGCUUAGGGUUGACCAAAUAAUGUUUUUACCAUAACACUAUGAGCUAAGCCAGUGGUUUUCAAACCUCUCCUCUCAGACCCUGCAGAAGUUUCACACUUUUGUUGUAGCCCUGAACUACCUCACCUGAUUUAUCAAUUGAAGGACUUGAUGAUUUGUUGACAUGUUGAAUCAGGUGUGCCAUCUCUGGGAUAGUUAAAAUACAUGGAACGGCUGGGGUUCCCCCCGAGGAGAGGUUUGAAAACCACUGAGCCAGUUGCCAACAGCAUGAUGGGAGGUCACCUACAUACACAUCUGCUGGGGGAGGGUAUUGGGUCAUGGGCUGUAAAACAGGGUUAAAGUCCUGGUAGCAGAUAAUGGACCAUAACAGAUAUUUAUGUAGUUGGUGCUGUAUAUUAACUAAUUGGUUCCGAAGUGGGAUUGUUUCCGAAGUCAGAGCUGAUUUGGACAACCUCAAACCCAACCUUUAGAACAACAUAAUAUUACAAGCAUUUGAUUUAAGAAUUUGUAAUUUGGGAAUGUUUUCUUGGGGUGCUCUUAGUUUUUAUUAUAUGCGUUUCUGGCAUUGAGAAAUGGGUGCUACACUCCAUUUAAGGUUAGUUCAGAGGGUGCAUGUAUGAUGCAUGCACUCUCCUCUCACACUCCCUGGCUGGCUCCCUGAGGCACACCUGCACCUUGAAGUGAGGCCAGGCCAGCUUGUGGAAAUGCAAUUGUCCCAGCAAGGGAUGUCUGGAGGUGCUGUUAGCAUUACAUAAGAUGCACUCACUAAUCAACCAGCUGCUCCUCUCAAUCGAAAAACAGCUCAACGUGCUCCCUCAUGCUUUGCCAGAUGAUAAAAUUAGAGAUAAUUAUCCAGCCACUCCACCAAUUAACAGAUGGGAAUGUUAGCCUACAUAAUAUCAUUCAGCCUUUAGAGUUAGUGGUUCUUUUCCUAACGAUGUUCCUCUUCCUCCGCUAGACGUUCCGGUCUCUAGUGGACCGUGUGGGUCUGGGUUCCUUGGUCCCUGUGGAGUUCUUCGGGAACAGAACCCUCAGCAUCCUCCCUGACGGGAAUUCACUCCAGAGAUUUGAGGUGGGUUUACUCAAUGUCGUGUGUGUCAACUUUCGUUUGAAGUGUGUGUGUGUGUGGUAUCACUCUGUGACUGUCUGUGUGUUUUGUCUCACUCUGUAGGUAGAGAAAGACGUGAGGCACUCUCUCCUGCUGGAGCAGCCCUCUCUGCAAGCUGCAGUGUCCAGCUGGCACAGUGACUUUGAGCUGCAGGAGAUCCUCAGGAAGGGUUUGUCUUUGUUAGACUAUUAUCUCUGGAAUGAAUGGAAACCUAUUGUACUAUGAACUGUGUCCUGUGCGCUUUGACUUUCCUCCUGCCUUUCAUUGCUCACCCAUGUAUUCCUACACUGCAGUUCUCAAUACAGGCUUUUUCUAGCAUCUACUCCUCAAACCUCUACUUCUUCUCCUCUUUUCUCCACAAUACCGUCCUCUCUUCUCACUUUUCAAUCCCUCCAUAAUAUCCUUCUGGCAAACCACUCUACGGGUCUUUGAGCUUUGUCCUGCUGGUUGCGUUGUGUGUCUCUCUCCAGGCUCCUACACCAUCCAGGGCAGGAGGGUUCAGGUUUACCAGUGUGAGUUUGACGAGCACUGGGCCCUGGGCCUGGUCUCUCGGCACGACCCCAACUCACACAUCAUGGAGAUCACCAUGGACCAGGUACACACACACACACACUGCCUGGAUGUGCUUUUCGUAGUACCUUUGGAUGUUACGUAAUAUGGCGGAGGUGUUGAUAGUUGUUAAGUUAUUAUUGUGUUCUAGGGAGAGGAGACCCAGGUGGUGGAUCCACGGGUAAUGCACGUGAUGCUAGCUGAAGAUCACUUUGAUGAGGUCAGUUGGAUAAAGUAUACUGUCCUAUUCCUCCCUUCUUGCUUUUGUUUUCAAAAUACUUAUGCGUUUGUUGGUUGACUUGUUUGAGUUUGCAUUUUCCUCUAAUCAUUUUUACAUUGCUCCUUCCUCUCCUCGGUCAGAACGGCAAGAAUGCUCGGCGGAGGAAGGAGAGCGAUGGAGGGAAGGGCGAGAGCGGCCGUAGACGGAGGACAGCCUCGGAAGGCGAGGAGGACGUGACUCUGAAGCGUUUUAAGGGGGCGGGAGAGGGAGCAGCGGAGGGACAGAACGGAAGCGGCUCCACCAAGGGGAUGGUGACGUGGGGAGCAGAGGUAACAACUGGAGGCGAAGACGGAGGAAGCAGAGUGAACAGCACUACCAACAAUAAUGGCAGUUCCUCUGAAGUCACAGAAGGUCACGCCACCCCGAAAAGCAUUUCCUCCCAAAUGGACCAAAUGAACGCUCCGCCGCGGUACCCUAAGGAGAACGGACGCACACAGGACAGACAGGGGUCUGCCGACUCCACCUCUACAGUCACCCCCACCCCACCCCCCCUCAAACCGGCCCCCUCCCCAUUCUCCAACACCUCCUUCCCCUCUCUGGGCCAGAUGCCCAGCCUUGUCCCUGGAGCUCCGGCCGCCAAGCCUUCCCCAGCACCCCCAACCCUAGAGAGCGAGGAGCCAUCUCAGUCUACCUACCCCAAGACGGCUGCCCUGGUGUCCCCCGGCCCGGUGACCAUCUCGUCCCCAUCGCAGGGCAGUGCCCCCAGCGUGGCCCUCUCUGCCACCCUGGGAUUCAGCCCCAAACCCACCGCCUGGACAGGACCACCCAACCAGACGGAGGUGAGUUAGUAACAUUUAACAUGACUUUGCUUUUAAACUGUGUAGUAACACUGUAAUUACUUAGUAACUACUAACCAUAAGUGUUCUGUCACUAAUAUGCUAUUUCCUUAUCCUGUUCCUUUAGGGCUCUAAGCCCAUCCUGGCUGCGGCUGGGUUCCGGCUGCCCCAGUCCAAGCCUGCUGGUGCUUCUGUGUUCGGAGAGGUAAGCUCCCAGACCAACGGUUCCUCCAACACAGCGUCAGCCUCCCAGGACACCUCCAGACCCUUCGGCUUUGCCUUCAGAGGCGCCAAGAACAACGAGGCCCAACCGCAGCAGCAAGACCAGAACUUAUUCUUCCAGUGUAUGAGUCAGAAGACUGGCCAGGAUCCUGGUGGUCCUAAUCAGAACCAGAGUCCAGGCCUAGGUCAGAGCCAGGCUAAAGACGCCAACUACUUCACAGCAGUGUCAGAGAGCUUGACUAAGGAGCCUCCUAGCCUGUUCAAGCCCUCCGCCUCCACAGAGGGACUCAAAAAGACUGUUCUGGCCCCCGCGUCAGCUGGCCUGUUUGGCUCGGCUACAGCUCAUCUCAAAGAGCAGUCUAAAGUGCCUGAGACCCAGCCGGCAGGCAACGGAGUGCUCAACAAGCCUUUCGGAGGGGACCAACUCUCGCCUUCCUUCAGCAGCGGCUCUGGGGGGAUGAGGAACUCUGUUCUGGGAAUGGGGGCGAUUGGCACCCCCCUGGCUCCGGCCUCUGGAGCUCUGAGUGGCGCUAACAACAGGAGUGGCACUAACGGUGGCGUGGUGGGUGGCUUCGGCACCAAGACAGACAGCCACCAGAACCUGUUCCUCCAGGGCUCCAAGGAGCCCUCCAACCCCUUCCUGGCCUAUGGGGAGAAGCUCUCCCACAGCCCCUUUAGCGGCAAACCAUCCCCUCUGGAGCCUGAGACCCUGGGCCCUGCCUCGGAGAGCAAACCCAAUCUAUUCACAAUGGCAGAGCCGCCCAAGGGCAUCCUGUCUUCCCCCUUUGCCUCCCUCUCAGGCUCCGCUGCCUCCAGUUCUUCCUCCCCGGUACCUGCCUUCACACAGAGGCCCCAGUCUGAUGCCCCCUCCAAGCCCAAGGAGGGCGCCUCCACAGGGGAACAGGGCUCCUCAGCUGAGGGUGGUUCUCUGGAUGACCGGCCCAGCUCCACCUCGGGCUUCCCGGUGUUUGGGAGCGCCGUCCCUGGGGGGAGUGGUGAGGACGCGCCCAUGCCAUUUGACCAGGGCCAGGCCCAGAAGUUUGCCCUGGAGGAGCGAGGCCAGGCGUCUAAACGGGACUCUGACUCCAGUGAUAACAGCGACCUGUCAGACCUGAGUGAGACUGAGGAGGGGUUGGAGAGAGGGCAGGCCCCUGGGGGCCUCCCGGGGCCCGUCAAGGAGGGAGCCAUGCUGAUGCAGAAGGGUAAAGGCCCCGGGGUGGCCAAGAGCAGGCCACGCAACAAGCCCUUCAAAGGUAAGACCUGGAGCCUCAGGAUAGGGCUCUGAUAAUAGAAGUAUUCCUACAGUACAUCAAUGCAUUCAUUAAUCAUUUGUAGCAUGUCAUUCGUCAAUGUCGAGGCAAGUUAGAUUGUGGUCUGGGUCAUGAGAAGUUAACAAGAUUGAUGGUAAAGAAAAGUUGCUGACCAACUCUUCCCUUAUGAUUCCAUUACCCUUUCCUACACUCUUUGAUGAAUAGGUUGUCAUUGCAUUGUUUUGUAUCGCUUCAUAUUCGAAUUAACUCUUCGGUCCUUCCUUUUUCUCCAGUGGGCCAGUCAGUGCUGAAGGACGUGACUAAGGUGCGCCGUCUGAAGCAGUCAGGAGAGUCGUUCCUGCAGGAUGGCUCCUGUAUCAACGUGGCGCCCCACCUCCACAAGUGUCGCGAGUGUCGCAUGGAGCGCUACAGGAAGUACCGGGAGCAGGAGCCUGAUGACGACGACCCCAACGUGGCCUGCCGCUUCUUCCACUUCCGCAGGUACCGUUUGUGUGUGUGUGUGUGUGUGUGUGUGUACCAAAGACUGUGUGUGUCCAAGCACUGUGUGUGUGAGGAAUAUGCUGUGGUGUGUAUCCUCUUACAAGGAAUGCGACAAUAACAAAUAUCAGUCAUUUUAUCAACCUCAAUUAUAAUCCAACAUGUUCUACUCUCAUCUAAAACAUACGUCCUGCACUCCUCUGUCCUCCAACCUCUUACCUUUGCCUCCUACCCAGGCUGGCGUUCACGCGUAAGGGCGUCCUGCGUGUCGAGGGCUUCCUGAGCCCCCAGCAGAGCGAUGCCAUGGCCAUGGGGCUGUGGCUUCCCUCGCCGUCCGUACAGGAGGGCCUGGACCUGGACACCUCCAAGUACAUCCUGGCCAACGUGGGAGACCAAUUCUGUCAGCUCGUCAUGUCUGAGAAGGAGGCCAUGAUGAUGGUCGAGCCUCACCGUGAGUAGUCUUAGUUUGCGUCCAAAAUGGCACCCUGUUCCCUUAAUAGUGCAAUACUUUUGACCAGGGGCCAUCUGUCUGUGUCCUACAGAGAAAGUGGCAUGGAAGCGUGCGGUGCGCGGCGUCAGGGAGAUGUGUGAUGUAUGUGAGACCACCCUCUUCAACAUCCACUGGGUCUGCAGGAAGUGUGGCUUCGGGGUGUGUCUGGACUGCUACCGGCAACGCAGGAACCGCCCUCUGGAGGGUGAGAGUCAUAGAACUCCAUAUAGAAUUACAAGGGAAUAAGCAGGAAAUCUGAGAAUCCUCAACCAGGAUUUUUGGAAAACCAGGGGAGGAUUCUCAGAUUUCCUGUUUAUUAUUCCCUUGCAAUUUCAGGAAUCUUCCAACCAGGAUUUCUGAAAUCCCGGGGAAUGUUGGGAAAGUUACCGGAAUUUUGCAACCUUAGUCUCAACACACAGGGACGGGCUGGGGUAACACUGAGGGGGCCCUGUUAUUGUCCAGUUCACCUGCAGUGUUAGCCUGUAGUGGUCUUUCAGUGAUGAUUGUUUUUUGAAGUAGGAAAGAUUUAGCUGCUGCUUGUUAAGAAAGGAUCGGUAUAAGAUGUACUUUAUUGUACAUUAACAUUUUCUAUUUAUGAACAACCCAACCCCCCCCAAGACAUGCGUAUACCCAGAGGGGCUGGAUGCAAGGGGUCAGCUGCAGUGCAGUGGCCCUUUUCUAAAUGACCCUUCUUGUUUUAUCUCUCAGAGGUGGACGAGGGGCCUGAUGACGAGGUGUUCUCCUGGUUGAAGUGUGUCAAAGGACAGAGACACGAGCCCCAGAGCCUCAUGCCCACACAGAUCAUACCUGGAACAGGUAACACGGAGCAGGAUACCUAUAGAAGCCUAGUGCCCAAAUAGACCCCUAAGCACUUGUGGAUAUCUGAGAGGAUUUUACUGUUGUUAACAAUAUGGGAAUAGCUCCACCUUGCUCUCUAAUAGGCUCAGUGGAAGUUUAACCAUAUUCCUUAUACCAACCAAAUCCUCUCAGAUCAUAGGGCAUAUAGGAUUGGGCCUAGAACUGGGGCCUGUAGUCUUUCCUGCUCAUGUCACAUGGUCCGGACAAACUCCCAGCCCAAACUAUAACAUCCAAUUAGUAUGUCUUGUAUCUCCAUAAGAGUUCUCCCAUAUUGACUUUUCUCUCUCUCCCUCAGCUCUCUAUAACAUAGGGGAUAUGGUGCACUCAGCCCGGGGAAAAUGGGGCAUCAAGGCAAACUGCCCCUGCACCAGCCGGCACCACAGGCCCCUACUGCGCCCUAGCGCCCCCAACGGCAUAUCACAGGUACUGCACCCCCCCUUUUCUUUUAUGUCGUACCAAGAUGUAGAAGAUCAAUAUUAAUUUUUUUACCAUCCACGUAUGCUUUUGACUUGUUUUACAUAUUGGUUGUCAAGGGCUUGAUUAGAAUGCAGUAUGAUGUUCCUUAUUGCUGUCCCAGCAGUCUGCAGUGUCCUCCAGCAUGGGGAGCAGUGGUAGUGGACCAAUUACAGGUGGUGGGGGGUCCAGCGGGUUCAACCACUCCUAAACCAGAGGGGGGGGAGACGACAGUGGUCAAAACGGAGUCUACAUCCAGCACAACGUCAUCCGAGGCGGGAGGAGGAGGGGUUGAUACUAUCUCCACCAACAGUACCAGUGCCCCCCCUAACUCUGCCCAGACCGCCACCCCCAAGGACCCCCGCCCCUCCACGGGUGAGGGCAACUCCACCGCCCUGCACUGGCUGGCAGACCUGGCCACUCAGAAAGCCAAGGUGGAGGAGACUAAAGGUGAGAGGGCCAGGAGAAUAGCAUCUCUUUCACUUCAUCUUAUCUCAAUCCUAACUCAUAUUCUCGAUGAUACUCUCUAAAUGUAUUGUACAUGUGUUUGGAUUAGAACAUCUCUAACCAUCAUCUUCCCUUGUCUCUUCUCAUCUACACCCCUCUAGACUCUGGGUCGCUGCGCUCGGUGAUGGGCCAGGACACACGUUCUCCCUUCGGCCUUGACUCGUUCAACGCCCUGUCCAAGCCUUCAUCCUCCUCCUCUUCCUCCUCUAGUCCUAAGCUGUUCAACAGCCUGCUGCUGGGCUCCAGCAACACCCAGCCCAAACCAGAGGGCUCCAGCCUCCGAGACCUGCUCAACUCUGGCCCCGGGAGGCUCCCCCAGGCCCCCGGAGACACUGGAAUACCCUUCCCCUCAGUCUUCUCCACCUCAGCUGCCGUGAGUGUCUUUCAGCUUUCCACAAAUCUAGAAUGUCACAGAAUGCCCAGAUAUGGAUCCUUCCAUAAUGCCUAGAGAAAUAGGGACAUUACAGUGGACCAUUCCAGAAUUCUUAGAUUCUACACACAGUUCUAGGUUGUUUCCCAAAUGGCACCCUAUUCCCUAUAUAGUGCACUGCUUUUGAUCAGAGCCCUAUGGGAGCUCUAGGGCCCUAGACUGCAUGUCUAACCCCUCCUCCCUGUCUCAGGGGGACAAGAUGAAGGGCAGCCUGCCUAACUUCCUGGACCAUAUCAUUGCCUCGGUGGUGGAGACCAAGAAGGCGGAGGGCCGGCGUACGGGCGAGGGGGGCAGCGAGCUGGGCGGGGUGGGCCGCAGGGACGGGGUGAUGGGCCUCAGCGUGCUGGACCCCCACACCUCCCACUCCUGGCUCUGUGACGGACGCCUGCUCUGCCUGCAGGAUCCCUCCAACACCAACAACUGGAAGAUCUUCAGAGAGUGCUGGAAACAGGGCCAGGUGAGAGAGAUCUCUCUGUGGGGUAGAAAGGCGAUAUCCCUAUGAGAAAAUACUUUAAAAAUAUGUAUUUUUAACAUUUUGUGCUCACCGAGAGUAGUAAUAUGGCGGUGUGAGUAAUAUAUAGUAAUAUGGUGGUGUGAAAGAGGGAAAUGGAGUGGGAGAGUAGUUGGGGAUGAAGUUUGGAAGAGGGAGAUGUGUACUGUGAGAGAUAAGGUGAUGAUGAUUCUGUUUGAAUUCUUUCCCUCCCCGUCUCUCCAGCCGGUCCUAGUGUCUGGUAUCCAUAAGCGUCUGAAGGGGACUUUGUGGCGGCCUGAGGCCUUCAGUGAGGAGUUUGGGGACCAGGAUGUUGACCUGGUCAACUGUCGGAACUGUGCCAUCAUUUCUGACUUCAAGGUCCGUGACUUUUGGGACGGCUUCCAGGUCAUCUCCAGUAAGUAAUGGGAUCAUUUAUUCAUUCAUCCACUCUUUUAUUUGUUCAUUCAUUCAUCUAUCCUUAUCUCUCUCUCUUCAGAGCGUCUGAAGGGUAGUGAUGGCCAGCCCAUGGUUCUGAAGCUGAAGGACUGGCCUCCUGGAGAAGACUUCAGAGACAUGAUGCCUACACGGUUUGAUGAUCUGAUGGACAACCUCCCCCUCCCAGAGUACACUAAGCGAGACGGCCGUCUGAACCUGGCCUCCCGUCUGCCCAACUUCUUUGUCAGGCCAGACCUGGGGCCUAAGAUGUACAAUGCCUACGGUGAGAGAGAGCAGAGAUGGAGAAUAUGCGAGAUUAGUAAUGAGACUAUUUACUCUUUAAAGGGAUGUCAGUCUCUGAUCAGUUUUUAUUUCCUCCUUUUACAUUCUCUUUUUACACCUCUUCGCUCUCCAUGCUUCCUUCUAUUACACCUUCCAUCUCUCUCCCCCCUCCGUCCCUCCCACUCUCAGGUCUGAUCGAGACAGAAGACCGGAGUGUUGGCACCACCAACCUGCAUCUGGAUGUGUCUGAUGCCGUCAACGUCAUGGUGUACGUGGGCAUCCCCGAGGGAGAGGGAGACCACGUCAAGGGUGAGUAGGACCAACACACUCGCACUGUGAAGCAGAACUUAAUACACACUCACAGCAACACUGACUCGCACAGCUGACUCAUUCCAGCAUUGACGUACGUCACACUCAACCACGUGUCAAACACAAGGCCAAUGACACAUUCUAUCCGGCACGCGCAAUGAUUUGGGUUGUCAAUUCAUUUUGGCCCGCUUCCAUACAGUCCCAGCAAGCACUGCCAACGUCCUGUGCGCCAAAGGCAGUGCGUUGCCACACCCACCCACCCACGAGCCAGCCAGUGCGCUGUAUCAUAUUAUCACUAAACAUUUGCAGCAGCCCGACUGUUUUCGUUAAUGGCACUGACCGAAUCUUCUACUGGCUCGAAAGUUAAAACAUGUUGGAGUUAAUGUUGAUGCCAAGUUUCGGUCGAACGGGUCAUUGCUGUACUACAGGAAAUGUCAUAUUUGUUGUCCAAAGUUUGAAAAUGUAUGCACUCACUAACUGUAAGUCGCUCUGGAUAAGAGCGUCUGCUAAAUGACUAAAAUGUAAAAAGUGAAAUGAUUUAUAUGCUAAUAUAAAUUAGUACUAAAGGACACUAGGCCUAUAAAUGAAUCAACAGUUGAGUCAUCUACUCUAUGAAAUUACACAGCCUGAUGCGCUCACAUCAGUGUAUUCAACGUCAAUUGCGCUGCGUACGUGUCUCAUUUAUAGCGUGUAGCAGAGGGAAAGUGAACAGACACAUGCCACAAGUCCUAGGCUACUAAAAUGUUGUAGUCUGGCUUUGUUUUUUAAAGCUUGACAAUGAAUAACCAAAAAACUUGCAACAAAACACCAUGCGAAGGGGAAACAUGUAGGUCUGUUACAGCAACAUUUCAGCAGUAGCCUAGGCUGGCUACUCAACUGCAAUACAUUUUGAGCGCACCAUACAGCAAUGCUGCAUUCAACUGCACCGGUGAUCCAUGCGGCGCGAAAAAUGUAAAACAUGUUUUAAGUUUAAAUGUUACAACAACCUAGUGAACCUACUUACUUUAUUAGUCGUUUUGUAGUACUUUUUGAUUAGGGUCGCAGCAUAUUAUGCAUAUCUGCAAGCAUAGCAGCGAAGGCUGGACAAAUAAUAUUUAUCUUUAGUUUUAUUUAUGUUAACAUGUUAUAUACAGCAUCCUAUGGACAUUAUAAAAGGGCAUAUAAAAAAAAUAAACAAUGGCCAGUUUGGGUCGCAGUUGAAUGCACUACAUAGUUGAUUUAUAUUAUCAAAGCUCGAUGAUUAUUUAAAACGGCUGUGUAGUGCUAGGGCAAAAACCAAAACGUGCACCCCUUGGGGUCCCGAGGACAGAGAUUGGGAAACCCUGGUUUCGCAAAAUCUUCCAAAAAUAUGUUAACUGUUACAACAUUUACAUUUAAGUCAUUUAGCAGACGCUCUUAUCCAGAGCGACUUACAACCACAUGGGCUCCGAAAUCACCCACUCAUAUAUAAUUGGAUUUGAGAGGCGCUCCAAAGUUUUCUAUAGGAAAGUCCAUAGGUUCACACAAAGAUCAAAUACCCUCUACUGUCCCAUUCAGCAUUUCCAAUUUCUGGAGACUAAGGACAGGAAGCCAUUCCUCAGCAUUGAGACAGAAUAAUGGUCUACAUUUUCAAUUUAAGCCUGUCUUCAGUCAUUCCUGUAGCCUUCCCCAGGUUUCCCACCCUGGUCUAUAUUACUAGAGGCCUCUGACUAGAGUAUAGCUUUAUUUAUCCCAACAUGGGACAUUGUUUUAUCACCUCUAGCAUCAUCAAUGAUUACAAGGACAAGACAAGGAUAGAUGACAUACACAUAUUAAGGCACCUGCACCUUAGUAGCCAUAAAAGAGAGACACAUUUAAAAAAGGUAAAUGCUGUUUUCUAUCCUACUCUGGUGAAACAAGCCCAGCGAGGCUACCCCCCCCCCCCCCCAUGCAUCAAUGGACAGAACCCUGGAAAGGCCCUUUAAUGGGUCUCACAUGUUGAUUGUGGUACAAUUUCUCGUUCACAGAGACUGAUAUCGCUGGAUGUAAAGGUCUGUGCAUUUUUAUAACGUUAUCACCUCCUUAGCAUGCCUUUCUUCUUGACUAACUUCGCCCUUCUCUCUCCUCCACUCCUCUUCCACUCCCCCUAUCCUCAUGUCCUCUCCCUGUGCGGUUGGGGCCAGAACACUACGGUGGCUCAUCCGUCUGUUUGUGGUUUAUUUGUGGUCUGAGUGGGGUCUGCCUGCGGUCUUCCCUCCAGUGUAGACCUGACCUUCAGUAACCCUCUGAUAGUCAGUCAAACUCUGUUUUAAAACCUUUUAACACAAAAACAUUGUUUUUCUUUUCAUGCUGUUAGAUGCUAGUGAUUCUUUCCUUGUAUUGCAUCUUCUGUUAUCUGGGACGACUGGUGUUUGGCCUUGACUCUUGGGGAGGGCUAGAUGUAUGAAGGUCCCUGUAGCUCAGUUGGUAGAGCAUGGCGCUUGCAACGCCAGGGUUGUGGGUUCGUUUCCCACGGGGGUCCAGUAUGAAAAUGUAUGCACUCACUAACUGUAAGUCGCUCUGGAUAAGAGCGUCUGCUAAAUGACUAAAAUGUAAGGUGUAGGUACUGUCUGUCUGUAUCCCCUCACAGGUUCACUGACUCAAGGAGAGAACAGAGCAGUAGCUUGCUAGCUGACCAUCUUUGGAGUCACAUUCCCCCCCCUGACUGAUUUCUCUUCCUAGAGGAGAGAUGCGGGGGAGAGAUAAUCAAAAUGAACACAGAUUACCGUGACAAGCAAGCAUCUGAAGCAUAUGUAGCUGUACUGGACUCGAUGCCUAACUGAGAUGAAAGUCAGAGAAAAUGAGCACACACACACACAAUCUCUCCCACACACAUGCAGGCAACUUGAUCUAUGGCAUUCUGUGGAUAAUUUGUCCAAGUGACCGGAGUGUGAAUAAUACAUGUAGCUCCGUUAGUGUGGUGUAGUUGUUUAGUCCCACUCCUCACUAGCCACCUAAAUGUUUAUUUGAUUAGUAAUUGAUGAGCAACUCUGAAUACGUUACAAAUGGCACCCAUUUUGACGAAAGUAGUGCAUUACAUAAGGAAUAGGGUGCCAUUUGGAACAUAACCUCUGUGUUGUGGUCGAACCCAUAGCUGCCACCGGCCAACAAUGAUGUCAUAGCAGGGAGAGUCCAUUUCCCCCCUGCCAGCCCAGCGUCCCUCUGAUUGUGGAUGACUAAUGAUGAAUCAGCACUUCACCUAGGCUUUUGUCUCAAAUCACACCCUAUUCCUCCUAUAGUGCACCACUUUUGACCAGGACCACAAUGUUAUGGUCAGAAGAUGGUGUACUACAUAGAGGAAUAGGUAAAGGGUGUCGUUUGAGAUGGAGCCUUAUGAUUCUGACAUAGUGAAUGAGCACUUCUCCAGAUUAGAAGGAUUGUAGUGUAGUGUUUUCCCUUCUGUGUCUACAACUGUAGGAUGUGAAGGUGUGCGGUACUUCUGUGCUUUGUGAUGUUUAGUGUUGUACUUCUUCUUUCCUACAUCAUGCCCUUUGAACAUGAACUCUAUCAGUGACUGACCGGUGCUGGUGUUUUCUCAUCCCUGUCUCUCUCUGUGUGUGGUCCUGCAGAGGUGAUGAGCACCAUCGAGGAGGGUGACGUAGAUGAGAUGACCAAGAGGAGGGUGUACGAAGCCAAGGAGAAGCCCGGGGCGCUCUGGCACAUCUACGCCGCCAAGGACGCCGAGAAGAUCCGCGAGCUGCUCCGCAAGGUCAGGGUUCACCGUCACCCCAUUCCUUGUAAUGUCAAUAUGCUCAUUCAUUUUCUUUCAAUGCAUUAUUUCAGGAAAAUUCAGGAAAUAAUCUCAAAUGGUUGCUGGGAUUUUUUGUUGUAGUUCUACUGUUCCCACGAUUAAAAUCAGUCUCAAAUGGCACCCUAUUCCCUAUAUAGGUGUGCUACAUUUGGGCCCAUAGGGCUCUGGUGAAAAGUAGUUCACUAUAUAGGUAUUAGGGUGCCAUUUUGGAUGUAGACAUUGUCUCUCUUAUAUGCCAUACCAUGUUACUAUGAUUUACCAUAUCUUCUUAUCCUUUGACUGUGGUAGGUGGGUGAGGAGCAGGGCCAGGAGAACCCUCCGGACCACGACCCUAUCCACGACCAGAGCUGGUACCUGGACGGGGUGCUGCGCAGGAGGCUGUACGAGGAGUACGGCGUGCAGGGCUGGGCCAUCGUACAGUUCCUGGGAGACGCUGUCUUCAUCCCCGCUGGGGCUCCCCACCAGGUACAUUUAAGUCAUUUAGCAGACGCUCUUAUCCAGAGCGACUUACACAUUGGUGCAUUCAACUUAUGAUAGCCAGUGGGACAACCACUGGGGGGGGUGGGGGAGGGUAAAAGGAUUACUUUUAUACUAUUCCAGGUAUUCCUUAAAGAGGUAGGGUUUCAAGUGUCUCCGGAAGGUGGUCAGUGACUCCGCUGUCCUGGCGUUGUGGGGGAGCUUGUUUCCACCAUUGGGGUGCCAGAGCAGCGAAUAGCUUUGACUGGGCUGAGCGGGAACUGUGCUUCCGUAGAGGUAGGGGGGCUAGCAGGCCAGAGGUGGAUGAAUGUAGUGCCCUCGUUUGGGUGUAGGGUCUGAUCAGAGCCUGAAGGUAAGGAGGUGCCGUUCCCCUCACAGCUCCGUAGGCAAGCACCAUGGUCUUGUAGUAGAUGCGAGCCUCAACUGGAAGCCAGUGGAGUGUGCAGAGGAGCGGGGUGACAUGAGAGAACUUGGGAAGGUUGAACACCAGACGGGCUGCGGCAAUCUGGAUGAGCUUUAGGGGUUUAAUGGCACAGGCAGGGAGCCCAGCCAACAGCGAGUUGCAGUAAUCCAGACGGGAGAUGACAAGUGCCUGGAUUAGGACCUGUGCCGCUUUCUGUGUAAGGUAGGGUCGUACUCUGCGACUGUUGUAGAGCAUGAACCUGCAGGAUCGGGUCACCGCUUUGAUGUUAGCGGAGAGCGACAGGUACUAGGGGAAACACUGGAAGUACCAGCCAAGGUUUAGACUGAGACGUGUUGUUUAAUGGUUACAUAGGGGCAGAGCGUACCCUUGUGUUGUCCCUUUUUAGCUAUAUGAUGUCUAUACUCUUGCUUUUCUUACGCCACACAUUGUCUUUGUCUCGGCACCUCUCACACUCUCUUUAUCCUCUCAUGUCCCCCCCAGGUCCAUAACCUGUACAGCUGUAUCAAGGUGGCGGAGGACUUUGUGUCUCCUGAGCAUGUGAAGCACUGUUUCAGGCUGACCCAGGAGUUCAGACACCUGUCCACCACACACUCCAACCACGAGGACAAGCUGCAGGUACACUUUGGCUACCUCCCAAAUGGCACCCUAUUCACUAUGUAGUGCACUACUUUUGACCCUGGUCAAAAGUAGAGCACUAUAACUACGACUCCAGUAUAGUAUAGUUAUUUGAGAGAACGAAUAAAGGAUUGAAUCGAUUGAUCAAUCAGCUAAACAAUCAGUAAUACAUUGUUGUACAAUUUGUAAUUUUGACGGGAUUUGAUGGGAAUGUUGAUCUCUGUUCUCUAGGUGAAGAACAUCAUCUACCAUGCCGUAAAGGACGCUGUGGGGACACUGAGGGCCCACGAACCCAAGCUAGCACGCUCU